AUGGAGAAAAUGAGCAAAAGUGGCCAAACCCCGCUAUUUAAUACGUUCUGCCUAGCGACUUUCGCACCUGCGGACCAACAGCCGCUUUUGUGGCUCCGCAGUUGCGGUCAAAAUCCCGCUCAUGCGGUCCUCAUCCGCUUCUGUGCCCCUUUCUUCGCUUCUGCGAUUGCGCAGAUGUGGCCACAACUCCACACCUGCGGCCCUUUGCCUGACAGCCCUGCUCCACUUCUGCGACACGUAGGCCACUUCUGCGGCUCUGCAANACAACUCAAGGCUCAUGAGAAGAAUUAUCCGACUCAUGAUCUUAAAUUAGCAGCUGUGGUGUUUGCGCUUAAGAUCUGGCGCCAUUAUUUGUAUGGGGUACAUGUUGACAUUUUUACAGAUCACAAGAGCCUCCAGUACAUCUUCAAGCAAAGAGAAUUAAAUCUACGUCAGAGAAGGUGGCUCGAAUUACUUAAAAAUUAUGAUGUUGAUAUCCUUUAUCAUCUAGGAAAAGCAAAUGUUGUAGCCGAUGCUCUCAGUCGGCGUUCUAUGGGCUGCUUAGCUCAUGUUGAGGCUGACAAGCAAACUAUGGUGAAGGAAGUCCACCGCUUAGCAAGUCUAGGAGUUCGACUUUUGGACUCCGAAGAUGGUGGCGUUGUUCUCCAGAACAGGGCUGAAUCCUCCUUAGUAGCUGAAGUGAAGGAAAAACAGUUCAUUGAUCCCUACUUAUUGCAGCUGACGGAGGGAAUUCACAAACACAAGACUAUGGCUUUUGAACAAGGGGGAGAUGAUGGUACUUUGAGAUACAAAGACAGACUAUGUGUUCCAAACGUAGAUGGGCUCAGAGAGAGGAUUAUGUCAGAAGCCCACAAUUCUAG